AUGUCUUCUCCGAUAUCAAUACCCGGCGGACUUUCUGUUCCCCUUGUUCCGAGAAGAGACAAGAUAAUCGAGUCACCUUUAAUGCUCGCAUCCUCGUCUCCACUCUUACUCCCUACUAUUCCAAGUCAUCGUGUGCAUGAACGUGCACCGCGCCCCAUGCCUCCAGUACUUCCAUUAAUGGAGAGACUCGUACAAGAUGGAACAAUGAAAAGGGUCGAAGAUCCCAGUGUCCUCGAAGAAGAUGAUAAAAAAGUUUUUAAUAAGAAGCUAGAAUCGGACAUUGUUACCAUUGGUCAGAAGAUUGAAGGAGGAUCAAACAAUUUUGGAAUAUGGACUGUCAUUGACUAUAAAGGCCAUCCUAGGGAUGAUCUCAUCAUGAAAGUCCUACCAGAACGAGGUCCAAGGAGCUACGGUGAAGCUAAGGCCCUCCGGAUGAUGCACCUUCUUGUUGACUCUGGUGAGACUAGGGUUCCGGCUUUUUCAACCAAGGGGGAUAAGGAUCUCAACUCUGACCUGGAGGGAAUGUCGUCACAGUCCGAUUUCUACCCUGUUGUCAUCAUGAAGAAGAAAAAGGGAGUAUUACUUAAGGAGACCCAAAUUUACAAGACUGCUACACCCAAAGAGCAGCUCGCAUUGGACGAACAGGUUGUGGAUUGGAGUUGCAAGAUAGCAGCAAAAGAUGCAGUUACUAGUAAGGUUUACCACAAUGACAACAACCUGAAUAAUGCGCUUGUGACUAUUAUCGAUGGCACCAUUGCAGAAUUGGAGCUUGUUGACUAUGGGCCCCCCGACACGUAUAUAGUAAUAAGAGAAAUCGAGGAGGAGAAAUUGUAA